CCGGCCCUGUGCACGCAGGAAGCCUUGUGAGGACCCUAAUGAAGAGCACGGCGGUCACGCAGCGACCGUUUGUCACAGAGCAGUCCACAGGGCCGACCGCGCUUCUCCCCCAGCCUGCGCGCGUGUGUUUCUGACCGCAAAAAGGGCCAGACCCUCUCAAGCGCGCGGGUCGUGGGGGCGCUGGACGGCGUCCAGCCACGGCGCCUCCUCGCCCUGCCCUCGGGCCUCCUCGGCGGGCCGGGCCCCGCGCGGAGGAACGCCUCUUCGGCGGAUGUGACAGGGGGAAUUAGGCGAGAGAUACGGGUUCACUUGCCCCGUGUAGGGGCUUAUCUUGGGCUAAGCCGGAGGACUAAUAGCAAAGCCAGCCUCCGCUCCAGCCGGUCCGAGGGCACAGGGAGCCAUCUGUCCACUCGGUGGACAACUGCAAACAAAGGGGACAAACGCCGAACAUGCAGCACAAACUAAAAGGCUGUUCAUUUCGGAGACACCAGGAGUAAAGGAGCGCAGCGCUUUGCAUAUAAGGUUUGGAAUGGCGACAGACAUUUCUACAUUUAUUGGACUAUAGGGUUUUUUUUAAAGCUUGGAAACACAGAGAAUGUCUGACAAGGAAGAAAUGGCCUCAGACGGGAACCUGAACGUCACACUCACGCUGAGACUGCUGAUGCACGGAAAGGAAGUUGGCAGCAUAAUUGGGAAGAAAGGAGAAACCGUGAAGAAAAUGCGGGAGGAGAGCGGCGCUCGGAUCAACAUAUCAGAGGGCUCGUCUCCGGAGAGGAUCGUCACCAUCACAGGACCCACGGAGGGCAUCUUCCGAGCCUUCUCCAUGAUCGCGCAGAAGUUUGAGGAGGAUAUUGCAGCAGCAAUGGCAAACAGCAACGUGACGAGCAAACCACCGGUGACUCUGCGCCUGGUUUUCCCAGGGAGCCAGUGCGGCUCAUUGAUUGGCAAAGGAGGCUCAAAGAUCAAAGAGAUCAGAGAGACCACGGGCGCCCAGGUUCAGGUGGCGGGAGACAUGCUGCCGGACUCCACGGAGAGGGCUGUCACAAUCUCCGGCGCUCCACAGGCCAUCACUCAGUGUGUGCGGCACAUCUGCUCCGUCAUGCUGGAGUCUCCACCGAAGGGAGCGACUAUUCCCUAUCGCCCAAAGGUCCUCGCUGCUGGAACCCACGCAGUAUUAGCGCCACAGCACCCGGCACAAGCCUUUGCUAUUCCGGGGCAGUAUGCCUUUGCACAUCAAGAUUUGACCAAGCUUCACCAGUUGGCUAUGCAGCAUAUUCCCCUCCCUUCCCUUGGGCAGAGCAACCCUACCUUCCCUGGAUUGGAUGCAUCUGCCCCCACAAGUUCACAAGAGCUGGCAAUACCUAAUGAUUUUAUUGGCUGCAUAAUUGGACGACAAGGCAGCAAGAUCAAUGAGAUCCGACAGGUCUCGGGGGCUCACAUCAAAAUCGCCAGCGCCACCGAUGGGUCGGCCAUGCGCCAAGUCACGAUCACGGGCUCGCCGGCCAGCAUCGGCGUGGCCCAGUACCUCAUCAACGCCAGCUUAGAGAUGGCUAAAUACACCAUGCAGGCCGCUUCCGCCACCCCCGUGGACCUCAACAUGAGCUUCUCCCCGUCCGCUCCCGCCGCCUCCACCGCCGCCACCUCCAUGGCCGUGCUGGCGGCCGCCGCCCAGGCCCCGGCCGCCAUUAACGUCCACGCCCCCUCCACCCUGCCCGCCAUCCAAAGCCCGCACUACGCCGUGCCCGUGUCCAGCCUGCUCGGCAUGAAAACGCUGCCCGUGCUGGCCGUUCACCCGGCCGCCGCCUCCAGCCUCGCGCAGGGCCUGUCCCCGUACGCCGCCAAAAUGACCGGCUCGGCCGUCAAAAAGUCGGAGCGGCAGAAGUUCGCUCCCUAUUGAUGGCCUCUAGGCAGGUGACAAGUGGCCGACGCCAGCUUGGGAGAGUUUCAUAAAGUAAGGUAGCACUUGUUUACCAGGAAUUAAGGAACGAUAAGAUCAAACUAUGUCCUCGCUAAUUAAAACGUGCAGCGAAGGUGCAUAUUAACUCAGUAUUAUCUAAUUCACAUGCAUAUUAAUUAAUGUGAGCAACUCAGGCUGGUGUUAAUAUCCUUGAAAUGGAUAUUGUUUUCAGUGGAUUCAUGUUACAGAGCUUUAUAUAACAAUUCACUCCAGGUUUAUUUUCCAUUAGUUUUCUAUCUAUGUAACUAGUUAACUUUGAGUUAAAGUAGAGAACACCAAUUAGUCAGAUGAGAAGUGGUGCUUUGUCGGCAGCAGACUGUUAAAAUGUUUGUACCUGUACAAUAGAAAGCAGUGUAUUGAGUUUUUCACAGGGUCUGAUUCACUCUUCUGUCAUAUUUCCCCCCUGUCCUUCACUGUAGGCUCUCAUCAGUGCUAACAGGCUUGGGUGUUCUGUAGUAGCAUUACACUGUUGCCGUUCUGAUGGGAUUAUCCUUAGGCCACAUUGGAUUCUGGUGGAUUUCCCUUUACAGUAAUCCUGUGUAGAGCAGGACCGGCCUAACUAACACGACUAUUGUUCCUGUGUGCUCCAUAGCUCGCUUCUUGUUUAUUCUCCAGCCUAAAUGAGUGGAGUGUUGUGAAUUUGAGUGCCCUAAAAUGGACCGGGCAAUUACCGUAAUAAAUGUUUUAUUCAUGUUGUUUCUGGUGUGGGCCUAUAACCCCAAACAAUGCAGGACUGUCAUGUUUGUUGUUGCAAUGACUUUGAAAUACAUGGACCUUUUUUAUAAAUCCAGACUGAUUGUUUUCA